AGUUCAGUUUUUAACUUGUAUUUCACAACUUAAGCAAAAAUGUUCAAAUUCGCCUUUGUUAUCUUUGCCCUUAUUGCUUGUGCUGCUGCUAAGCCUGGCUUAUUGACUGCUGCUCCUUUGGCUUACACUGCUCCUGUUGUAGCUACACCCGCCGGUGUUGUUACUGCCACCAGUAGCCAGUUCAUUGCUCGCAACCACAAUGGUAUUGCCACUGCUCCCGUUGUUGCCCCCGUUGCCGCCCCUGUUGUUGCCAAAACUGUUGCUUACACUGCUCCAGUUGCUGCUCCUUUGGCUUACUCAGCUUCCUUGCCUUUGUCUUAUGCUGCCGCUCCAGUUUUGUUGUAAAAACGGAAAAGAUGACGAACAAUAAAUUUAAUU